UUAUCCCUUUUGCACACCUUCUGAAAGGAACUGACAAGAAAGUCUUAGAAAGAGUUGAACGCAGGUAGCCAAGCAGGGAUGAAAUAUCCUCCAACAACACUCUCCAAAUCCCUGUUGGACAUGGAUGUAGCCAAUUACUGUGAGGGCCUGGAUCCAACAUACAGCACGUUGGGGUUUGAGAAUGCUGAGGUGCUCUACACAGGGGGUGACAUUUCUGCACUGGAACUCUCCUUUAAUACUGAGGAUAGUGGAGUGAGCUCCAACUGUGCCAUCUGCGGAGACAAAGCCACGGGGAAACACUAUGGAGCCUCCAGCUGUGACGGCUGUAAGGGCUUCUUCCGCAGGAGUAUCAGAAAGAGCCAUGUCUACUCCUGCAGAUUCAAUCGGCAAUGCAUCGUUGACAAAGACAAAAGGAAUCAGUGCCGAUAUUGUCGACUUUACAAAUGUUUCCGAGCAGGAAUGAAGAAAGAGGCGGUGCAAAAUGAGAGAGAUCGUAUCAGUUCUAGGAGAAGCUUACAGGACUCAAACGACCAGCCCCCCAUCACUGUUCUGGCACAAGCUGAGUCCUUAUCACAACAGAUUACUGUCGCCAGUCCAGCUGGGCCUGUCGACAUCGCCGAGAAGAAGUCGGCCACCAUAGGGGACGUAUGCGAGUCCAUGAAACAACAGCUGCUCGUUCUGGUAGAGUGGGCUAAAUACAUUCCUGCCUUUGGCGAACUGCCACUUGAUGACCAGGUCAGCCUCUUGCGUGCUCACGCUGGGGAGCACCUUCUGCUGGGAGUCGCCAAGAGAUCGAUGCCCUACAAAAACGUUUUGCUCUUGGGUAACGGUUUUGUCAUUCAUCGGAACUGUCCCGAGGCCGAGAUCAGCCGAGUGGCCAACCGCGUCCUGGACGAGCUGGUUUCACCUUUUCAGGACAUCCAGAUUGAUGACAAUGAAUACGCUGCUUUAAAGGCCAUUGUUUUCUUUGAUCCUGAUGCCAAAAGCCUUCGAGACCCUAGCAAGAUUAAGAAUAUGAGGUACCAAGUGCAGCUGAGCCUGGAAGACUACAUUAACGACCGUCAGUACGACUCGCGCGGUCGCUUUGGAGAGCUUCUCUUGCUGCUUCCCACUCUGCAGAGUAUCACCUGGCAAAUGAUAGAGCAGCUCCAGUUCAUCAAGCUUUUCGGCCUGGCCAAGAUCGACAACCUGCUGCAGGAGAUGCUGCUAGGAGGGCUAUCUACAGAACAGCCUCACCUGCAUCAUCACGGACACCCACAGCUAGCUCAGGAUCCAAUCACAGGGCAGACGCUGGUAAUUAGCUCCGCCCCCGGUCCUUUACAUGCACAGCAGAUACAGGCCUCUCCAGACACUCCUAUCCCGUCGCCUACACAGGUUCCAAGCCAGGAGAUGUACAAGGCGAGCUCCAGUAGUCCAACCGCCCUGCUGCCAACACAGCAGCUUCCAAAGAGAGGCUCACCUGAGUCCCCUCUCUGAGGCCAAACACUACUACCCGGUCUGGAGUCCGCUGUGGUCUGGUGUGUUUGUACAUGCAUACGUUUUUAUGGAAAAAAAAAAAAAAAAAAAGCUGAAUUUUAUGUCUCAGGUGUAUUUCCAAGUAGACUAUAUUUAAUUCUGUAUUCACUUGAUAACUCAGGGAAACACUGUGGAUACGCAGGGCGGGGAACCUCUCUGUUUGCUGGGAUGCUAAAUGACUUGCCUCAGAAUCCAUGGAAAUGAUCCUUGUCAACUACGCAACUAUAAAAUGUGUAGUUUAAUUCAAUCCUAUGUGAAGAGAAAUGCUGCACCAUCCUUUCAUUUGCUUUUCUUCUCUUUCUGGCUGAUCAAUGCAUCUUUAGUCAUUUUAAUUGUAGAAUUCAAUAAAAUGUAAAGGAAGAGAUGACCUGAUGUGUCUUAGAUUUUAACGUGUAAAUAUACAGAGGCCAUGCAGUGACAUUACGGAAGGAAUGAAACAAAAAAAAUAUAUAUUUAUUUUAUCAAAAUGAUUAUAAACGAAGAAAUAUGAUGAAUUCUGAGGACUUGUUUUGAUAGCCCAUAUUCAAGGUGUGUACA